AUGAUAAUGAACGCGACCGUCGUCAUCGCAGCCGCUCGCCGGCCCAUCGAUCCCGCCAUGACGAGAAAGGCGGCAGUGGACGAAACGGUCGAAGCGGCCGCCGCGGCUCCCGCGACAGUCUCGACUACGAUUACCGCGACUCUACCAUGUUUGCACACUGAUACCGCUCGCGGCGAGCCUGCGCACAAUGAACCUGAUGUAGACUACGACUACGACAAUCAGGAGCAAUUCGACGAAGAGGCCGAGAUUGAACGUCGUCGCAAGCGCCGCGAGGCCCUUCUUGCAAAAUCUAGCUCUGCUACGCCUUUGCUUCUCCAAGCUGUCGGGGCUACAGACAAGGUUCGCGCAGCCUCACCAGCAGUCUCAGACGGUACUCUCGAGUCAGAGACGCCACAAACGCCAUUGUCAAAUAUGUCACCUCGAUCUCCAGGGUCACUCGAUGCCAUGUCGCCCGGCGGACUCGACCUCACUGACGACCGGGCUCUGAUGAACCGCCACGCUCCGAAGGACGACGAAGACGAUGGCCCGUCCGCGGCUGAUUACGACCCAACGGAUGAUAGGAGAGUGGACGAGCAACGCGAUGAGCUUCGCCAAGGCCAUGCAGUAAACGGUAUGCAUGCAGAGGCCGAAGAGUCGAAAGAAAACGAAGAGCCAAAAGACGAGGGCGCCAACGAGGACGCGAACGAGGACGAUGAUUUCGACAUGUUUGCCGACGAUUUCGACGAGGACAAAUACGCAACCAAGCCGACCCAGGGCGACGAAGCAGCUGGCGACACUGGCAAAGGCGGCAUUCUCGAAGGCGAUGACAAGGACGGCUACUACAAGAUGCGAGUCGGCGAAGUCAUCAACGGUCGCUACCAGAUCCAGUCAACUCUCGGGCGAGGCAUGUUUUCUGGCGUUGUGCGCGCUCUCGACACGACGACCAAGAAGCCAGUGGCCAUCAAAAUCAUGCGAAAUAACGAUGCUUUGCGUAAAGGUGGCUACACCGAGAUUGCCAUCCUAGAAAAGCUCAACGACGCCGACCCGGAGAACCGCAAGCACAUUGUAAAGUUUGAAGUCUCGUUUGACUACCGCGGACACUUGUGCAUGGUGUUUGAAAGCCUGAGCAUGAACUUGCGCGAGGUGUUGCGAAAGUUUGGCAACAACGUUGGCAUCAACCUUGGCGCCACACGGACAUAUGCGCACCAAAUCUUUGUCGCAUUGGCUCACAUGCGCAAAUGCAGCAUCAUUCAUGCUGAUUUGAAACCCGACAAUAUUCUGGUGAAUGAAAAUCGUAGCAUGCUCAAAAUCUGCGACUUGGGAACAGCCAUUGAUCGGUCAGACGCGGCGACCGCCAAUACCGAAAUCACACCAUAUCUCGUCAGCCGAUUUUACCGAGCGCCGGAAAUCAUCCUGGGCAUGCCGUACGAUUACGGCGUAGACAUGUGGUCCAUUGGCUGUACCCUGUACGAGCUCUACACGGGCAAGAUUCUGUUUACCGGCGACAGCAACAACCAGAUGCUCAAGACGAUUAUGGAGAUUCGCGGCCGCUUCACGCCCAAGCUGUACAAGCGUGGCCAGCUCUCGGCUGGCCACUUUGACGACCUGGGCCAAUUUGUCAGCGUGGAGCACGACAAGAUUCUCAACAAGACUGCGGUGCGAACCCUGCCGGUGGUCAAGCCUACGCGAGACCUCCGCACGCGCCUGACGGCUGCUUCGACGGGGAUGAAUGAUGCGGAGACAAAGGACCUCAAUCAUUUUGUCGACUUGCUGGAGCAGUGUCUGGCGCUGAACCCGGACAAGCGGAUCAAGCCCACCGAAGCCCUGAAGCAUCCGUUCUUUACGUCGAGGGCGACUGCGAGGCGAUGA